UACAUCGUGUGGUCCGAGUUAAUGAGUUCGCGAGGGUCUUAAAAAGACAGGUCAACAGGGGCGGCGUAAGUGCUCAAUAUGGCAAGAAUCGCAUCGUUUGCACUCGCUGCGCUGUGGUGCACGGCAUGUGUACUAGGGAAGCUCGGAUCACCCGGUGGUCCCCGUAAGCUGCACCAGGAGAUUGCCGACAGUUUUAAGGUUAUUGAGAACUUCCCGUACACCGUAGCCAUCUCAGACUCGGACAACGACACCAUGUUUGAAUGUGUGGCCGCAAACAGAACAGAGAUUGACCCGGAGGCCCAAACAGCUACUUUCGUGUGGCUCUUUCAAGGGAACGAGAACUCUCCAAAGCAGAAUAUUCCUUUCUACGUUAAGACCGGCGAAGAACCUGGAACGCUGCUGUUCACCAUAGAAGGCGACCCGACUGUUAGAGAGGGACGCUACUAUUACACAGACUACAAGACGUGCGUCGUACUGGACAUGGAAUAUCACGGACAUCAAUGUAUUUUGUGGACACAGAGAGCAGUGAAGGACAAUGUGCCACAGCACUGCAUAGACCAGUUUGUCGACACAUGCGGCGUCAUCGCUCCCCCGCACAGUCGAGACCUCUGUCCGGAUGGUGAAGGCGACUACUAGUCAGUUCUGUGGCAUCUUGCUUCAAACCGUGCUGUUCAAUAUACGAUCUGUUUAAAGUAUACCAUUUAAUAAGAGGCAUUUCAAUAACCCUUUGUUUUUCGCUAAUAAAUUUAUUACCUUUCAGUAACCAGUCAAUGUCACUGCCCUAUUUGGUAUUCAACGUAGAGAUUCUUUAUUUCUUUUAUAUCAAAAUCUCGCCCUCCGCUAUAUAAUAAAAGUCAUUCAAAUAAGCACAAAAA